AUGUCGCAUCCUAGAAUAGAGGAGGUGUCCGACAGCGACCCGGACAUGGUCUCGGACCCCGAAGAAAUUGAUAUUGACGACUUUGACGAAACCGACAUCAUGCGACGGCUGGAGCCCAAAGCCCCCGCCGCACCCUCCUCCUCCUCCUCCGCCGCCGCUACGGCUGCGCAGCAGGCCAUGCAGCAAAUGAUGAUGAACCCCGCCAACACCCGCUCCGUCACGGCCGACGAGCGCGCCGCCUACGCUGGCUACCAGAGCCUGUACCCCAUCUACUUUGACGCCUCGCGCACCCGCGCCCAGGGCCGCCGCGUGAGCGCCGCCCUCGCCGUCAAGAACCCGCUCGCCCGCGAAAUCGCAAACGCCUGCUCGCGGCUGCGCCUGCAGACGGUCCUCGAGCCCGAGAAGACGCACCCCAAAGACUGGGCCAACCCGGGCCGCGUCAAGGUCGCCCUCAAGCCCGCCGUCGCACCCGGCGCGACGCACAAGAUUGCAAACAAGCACCACCUCUACAUGCUCGUCGCCCAGCAUCUCAAGGAGAACCCGACCACGGAGCACUCUCAGGGCCUGCGUGUGCGCAUGGGCGGCCAGAUUCACCCGCCCGAGGACAAGCCUUACCCCAAGCCCGCCGUGCCCCGCGGCUGGAAGAUCAACGAGUUCGUGCCGUACAUGAGCGCGGCCAUGACGGGCGGUGGUGUCUCAGAAAACCUCUUCAAGGACAUUAUGAAGGAAAUGCAGGGCGGAGGGGACCCCAUGCAAGCGCUGCUGGCGAGCCAAACAGGUGCUGCCGGUGGAAACGGCUCAGACGACGCUGGGAAGAAGAAAAAGGACAAAAAGAAAGGCAAGGCGUAA